UACAAAAAAAAAAGAGAAGAAACACUCAACAUGGUUCAUGGUCAUAGUUCACCCGGGUCGGAUCCAAAGCCGACCCAUAUGAACAAAUUCGCUUGCGGGUGUGCGAUUGUUGCUUCCAUCAUUUCAAUCAUCUUUGGAUAUGAUACGGGAGUUAUGAGCGGAGCUCAGAUCUUUAUAAGAAAAGAUCUGAAAAUAAACGAUACUAAGAUCGAAGUUUUGAUGGGAAUCUUGAAUCUCUGUGCUCUCGUCGGAUCUUUAACGGCGGGAAAAACUUCUGACGUCAUCGGUCGACGUUACACCAUUGCUCUCUCCUCCAUGAUAUUCUUAGUGGGCUCUGUUCUUAUGGGCUAUGGACCAAACUACGCCGUUUUGAUGAUCGGAAGAUGUAUCGCCGGAGUUGGUGUAGGGUUUGCUCUAAUGAUAGCUCCGGUUUACUCAGCCGAGAUAUCCUCUGCUUCACAUAGAGGCUUUCUCACUUCUCUCCCUGAGCUUUGUAUUAGUGUCGGGAUUUUACUAGGCUACGUCUCGAAUUACUGUUUCGGGAAAUUGACAUUGAAACUCGGUUGGAGAUUGAUGCUUGGAAUCGCCGCGAUUCCUUCUUUGAUCUUGACGUUCGGGAUCUUGAAAAUGCCUGAAUCUCCGAGGUGGCUUGUGAUGCAAGGUAGGUUAGAAGAGGCCAAGAAAAUAAUGGUUUUGGUAUCAAACACCGAAGAAGAAGCUGAAGAACGCUUCAGAGACAUGUUAACCGCUGCGGAAAUAGACGAUGAUAAAACGGUGAAAGCGGUUGGCGGUAGCGUGAAGAAGAAGAAGAAUCACCAAGGCAAAAGUGUAUGGAGAGAGAUGUUGAUAAAACCUAGACCUGCGGUGCGUUUGAUUUUGAUCGCAGCCGUGGGGAUACAUUUUUUCGAGCAUGCUACAGGGAUCGAAGCGGUCGUGUUGUACAGCCCGAGGAUUUUCGAGAAAGCCGGAGUAAUGUCAAAAGACAAGCUUUUACUCGCAACGGUCGGUGUAGGUUUAACAAAGGCCGUUUUCAUAAUAAUAGCUACUUUCUUGCUUGACAAGUUAGGUCGAAGAAAGCUUCUCUUGACAAGCACGGGUGGUAUGGUUUUAGCGUUGAUAAGUUUAGCAGUUAGUCUGACGAUGGUUCAGCGUUUUGGGCGGUUAGAGUGGGCGUUGCGAUCGAGCAUCGUCUCUACGUACGCGUUUGUAGCGUUUUUCUCGAUCGGGCUUGGGCCAAUCACGUGGGUGUACAGCUCGGAGAUAUUCCCGUUGAGACUUAGGGCUCAGGGAGCGAGCAUAGGCGUUGCGGUUAAUAGGAUCAUGAACGCGACGAUCUCGAUGAGUUUUCUGUCGAUAACAAAGGCGAUCACGACGGGCGGUGCGUUCUUCUUGUUCGCUGCAAUGGCCGUGGCGGCAUGGUGGUUCUUCUUCUUUAUGUUGCCGGAGACGAAAGGAUUGCCAUUGGAGGAGAUGGAGAAGCUUUUUGGUGGUGGUGAUCCAUCGGAACGGACUAGAGAUUCAAAAUAAGAGAGUCAAAAAUUAGACUUGAUUAAUUAUCAAUGUUAUAGAAUAAUUUGGGUUAUAUUUUUUUUCUUGGUUAACGUGAUUUGGCAUAUGUAUAAGGUGUGAUUUUGUAAGCAGGUGACUCGGAGUCUCGUUUCGUCGUUGAAUAUAUUGU